GGGAGAUGACGACGUGUAUCUUAAUAACGGGGAGAGAAGACCAGUGACAGAUUGGAACUCUCCAACGAAAAGAGUAGAGAUUCAUUAUGAACCGUCGGGAAAUCAAGGUGUAUCGUGCUAAACAUCUAACGGAAAGCGAUUGAAUGUGUUUGAUUCGGUUUUCAUGGCUCGCAAGACAUCGUCAAAUCCACUUUAUCUAAGUUGGCGCUGCUAAGGACAGUUGGCUAACUAACUAGCAUUGUGGUUAGCAUUAGCUUUUGCUGGAGUCCAACGGAGGAAGGAAGGGGAAAAGUUGACUACGCACUGCUCGGCCACAAAGCCAAGUCCUACUGGUGGCUAGCGGGCUAGCUAAACAAGUGGCUAGCUGGUUGUUAGCUAGGAAGUUAGCUAACUUAGUUACGUCGUUUCUUUAAACCUGGCUCACUCAGUUUCACAACUAACUUCAAAGAAAAUAAUAGUGAACGUAUGACUUGUUUUGUAUUUAGCUACUACUAGAGCUAUCAGCUAACAAGCCAGCAGGAAUCUCAUAUUCAUAAACUGUUGCUUUUGGGUUUGAAGCAUUUGAUCCAGACCCUCUUUUGUCCAGACCCUGUUUGAAAGGAAGCAGCUGUGAUGGCUACAGAUAUGAUCGAGAGUGAGGUAGUGCUGAAGGCUGCGGGUGAUAACGUUAUGAGUCUGAACAAUAGCCCAGACCUAGACACACCCAGGAUUUAUGAGAGCCUGGGGGGACAUAUCAGGGACACUCCGAGCCCUUCGUCUUCGGGAGGAGAAGAGGAAGAAGAUUUAGAAGAGCUGCAAAACAGCAGCACAGAGCUUUCAUUGGAAAAUGGCGAAGAGGCCGCAGGAGCAGCGCUACAGAGGCCAACCCAAACAGGAGGUCCGCCGCAGGAAACGGUGACUCCAGAAGAACAGGAGGAAAGGGAGGUGGUGCCAUGCUCCACUCCCGUCAGAAUACCCCAGACAUACUCAACCUCUGGACAUAAUGGAAGUCUGGAGCGCCAGGAGUCUGUGGCGACCACCGAGGCUCGUCUCCGCAUGGAGGGGGUGGAACUUAAAGAGGAGUGGCAGGACGAGGACUUCCCCAGGCCCCUACCUGAGGAGGAAGAGGAGGACAUUCAGCUGGGUGAAGAUCUCUUCACUGGACGCUCUGGAGAAGGACAGUCUGCUUCUGCAGGGGGCUAUUCUGCUCUGAGUGGUGGUAAGAAGACUAAGAAGAAGCUGGCUGCCCCAGACAUCAGCCUGACUCUGGAUCGGAGUGAAGGAUCUCUGCUGUCUGAUGAGCUGGAUGAGGAGAGUACAGAGCUAGACCUGGAUGAUAUAGACACACCAUCUGACAACAGUAAUGAGUUUGAAUGGGAAGACGACCUGCCGAAGCCCAAGACCACGGAGGUUCUGCAGAAGGGGGUGGAGUCGGUCCAGGUGUACUCGGCCUCCGAGGAGCGGGAGGAGGGGCGGCGCUGGAGAGUGUUCCGUAUAGGAGACCAGGAACACAAAGUCGACAUGAAGGCAAUAGAACCCUACAAGAGGGUCAUCAACCACGGAGGUUACUAUGGAGACGGCCUGAAUGCCAUCAUAGUGUUUGCCGUGUGUUACAUGCCUGAGAGCAACCAACCCAACUACCGCUACAUCAUGGACAACCUCUUCAAGUAUGUGAUCGGCACUUUGGAGCUCUUGGUAGCAGAGAACUAUAUGAUAGUGUAUCUGAACGGUGCCACGUCCAGGAAGAAGAUGCCCAGUGUGGGCUGGCUCAGGAAAUGCUACCAGCAGAUCGACCGCAGGUUAAGGAAGAAUUUGAAGUCGUUGAUUAUCGUCCACCCCUCCUGGUUUAUCCGUACCCUCCUGGCCCUCACCAAACCCUUUAUAAGCUCAAAGUUCAGCCAGAAGAUCCAGUUUGUGUUCAACUUGACAGACCUUUCUGAACUGGUUCCUAUGGAAUACGUCUCUAUUCCAGACUGCAUUAAAGAGCUCGACCAGGAGAAACCCGUCAGAGUGGAGAUGGCAGCCAUGCCAGAGACAGAGUAAGACUACCUGGGCGGCUUGCUAGCUCUGCUCUGUCUGCUCUGCACAGCUCCAGACCGAUGACGAAUGUUCAGAACCACAGCUGAUCAGCCUUUACUGUUGAUAAUGUGUGUUGCAACUGGAGAGACUUAGAGAGCUAGCCCAGGUGCAGGAGAAGAUAAUUACCUUUCUGAGACCAUUCUCCCUGUUACUUUGUUACGACCCUCUCUCUCUUUCUCCCUUUCUCAUUGUUACGACCCUCUCUCUUUCUCCCGUUCUCAUUGUUACGACCCUCUCUCUCUUUCUCCCGUUCUCAUUGUU